AUGAGUGCUUCAUGGACUCGCCCCCUCUGAGCUCCCUCACUGCCUCUCUCUGAGUAGGAAUGUGGAAACAGACUCCAGUCAGUCAGCGCCGCACGUUUCUGCACCGCGCAGGAAUAAUUGAUCUUUGCCUCGGUUAAAUAUAAUGAUGAGGAGGGAGUGAUUUGUGAACGGAUUCUGCGGCCACUUUUCAGAUUUACAUUCUCAAAUCCAACGUAUUUCUCGGUCUCUCUUUUUUUUCUUCCCUAUACUGAAGAAAAGUUUGCUUUGAGCCCCGAGCACAGCUGGAGCCAGCCUAUGGAAAUAUAACCUCUCAGUACCGAGCGCACCUUAUUGCGGACGUCUCCGAACAUGGACCCAGAGUCACUGAGCAGGUGAAGGCUGCUUGUGUUAAAUGCUCACUGUAAGGCUUCCCACAACACAGUGACUGCUCAUAUAACUGCUGUUAGUCCAGUGACUGUGUGAACUAUUGGCAGACUGUUUACCAUGGCGUCUAGUCUGACAUGUACGGGUGUUAUCUGGACCCUGCUGUCCCUGCUGUGUGCUGCUGCCUCCUGCGUUGGCUUCUUCAUGCCCUACUGGCUCCUAGGUACACAGAUGGACAAGCCUGUGUCCUUUGGAACCUUUCGGCGCUGCUCCUACCCAGUGAGGGAUGAGGAGAAGCAGGCCACGGUGAUGCUGGAGCAGUGUGGGCGCUACGCCUCCUUCAAUGGCAUCCCGAGUCUGGAGUGGAGGAUCUGCACAGUGGUGACGGGGGUGGGAUGUGGCCUCCUCCUGCUGGUGGCCCUCACGGCUCUCAUGGGCUGCUGUAUCUCUGACCUCAUCUCGCGUACCAUCGGCCGCGUGGCUGGAGGCAUCCAGUUUGUUGGAGGUCUGCUCAUAGGAUCUGGCUGUGCACUAUAUCCAUUGGGAUGGGACAGUGAGGAAGUAAAACAGACCUGCAACAACAACUCAGGCCAGUUUGUACUAGGUUCCUGCCAGAUCGGCUGGGCGUAUUACUGCACAGGGGCUGGGGCGGCGGCUGCCAUGCUGCUGUGCACCUGGCUCUCUUGUUUCGCAGGGAAGAAGCAGAAGCAGUACCCGUACUGAAGCGAGGCUCAGAGGGACGGGGACAGACCUCAGACGGUAUACGACGAAAGGGAGAGGAGUCUGUGGACACCAACACAGCACAUUGAGCACCAAAGACACCAAGUCACAGUGCUCUGGACAUCAUGGGACACAAUCCAUCUGACAACUGCAGGGACUGUUUCAUAAUGUAACACAUACUCAUGGUUUUGAAAACUGGUUCCUCUCUUGAAAGCUGUUCUUAAAUGAAAAAUGUAUGGACCAAUCCUAUUUGUAAAAUUGUUACAUUUCUUUAGGAGUAUUCUCUCUUUUUUAUGUCUUCCUCCUCUUCAGUCAUUGGUGUUUAUGUGAUAGUGUUCCCUGUGAUGAAGAGAAAAGUAAUACUGCUUCAUUGUUAUGUGAAGUCUUUCUGUCUCCUCUUCAUGUCUCAUCCUUGCCUUAAACACAAAGUGAGAUGCAAUAAUCCCUAUAAUGUAAAGCAAUCCAACACUGGCUGCCUGCUUCCUCAACCUUUUCAGAUUCCCAAAAAUCUAAGCAUAGUUUAUUUAACACAUUCAUAAAGAUAUACGUUGUGUAUGAUAAUGUAUUUUAUCAUAUUAGCACAUGUUUUGUAUUCACUCUUCAUAUUAUUCUUUGUGUUUAUUCUUGUUUUGUAAAUAAAUGUUUAUUGAAAUUCUG